AGGGGCUGAGCGUCUGAUUGGCAAUUUUCUCCCUACGACACGCCGAAAGUCCGAAGGUUUCUGAACCUCGAGGUUUUGGUAUGGCCUCCCAAAGCAUAGUCCUCCAAAACCCUGCCGUCCUCUCUCCAUAUAUCUCCACAGCCGUGAUCUCUCCUCCGUUGCCAAGAAAACAUCCAAACAUAAUAUCUUGCCGCCAACUAACUUGUACGGCAGUUUCUGCCCCCAACGCCCACCGCUCAACCGGUCCUACGCUGCCGCUGCUGCGGGUUGUCUCCGUUCCUCCAAGUGAAAAGCCAAAAACGAUCGCUUCUUCCUCUUCGGCGCCCGUCCACCAUAACCCAUCCACCGACAAAUCUCAGAACAAAAACUCGCCCCCUCCUCAAUCGUCGUCCAGUUUACUCCUCACCACUUCAACUCGGACCGCCACUACGCUCUUGGUAAUCGCUCUAGCAGCCUCAAAAUUAUUGGCCGGCAGAAUUCAGGCCAUUUGUGGCCUCUUACCACAAGUAGAACCCUUAAUUUACUCCUCAGCGGGUCCUGCUUUCUUCGCAGCAAUCGGCGAAUAUCCCACUACCGUAAGAUUAGACACCCCAUUCGCUAUCCUCGCAGGUGGGAUGGCAAAGUGGCUUGACAUCUACGUUGGGGUAUUGUCGCUGAGAUGUUUGCUCACCUGGUUCCCCAAUAUACCUUGGGAUAAGCAGCCUUUAUCGGCUAUUAGGGACCUGUCUGAUCCAUAUUUAAGCCUUUUCCGGAGUGUAAUUCCGCCGGUUUUCGAUUCCUUGGAUCUUAGUCCGCUCGUGGCUUUCACCGUCUUGGGGACCAUUGGCACGAUUUUGAGGCGGUUUUGAAGAUCUGCAGCAAAUGAGUAACAGUCAUAUCCCGAGAAAGGAACAAUAAAUUCUGUACCAGUUUGAUAGUUAGUUUGGAGAGGGCGGAUUUUGGUUCUAGUAUUAAGCAGGGAGUGCCGUCCACUUUUUCCAAUCCCAGUCUCUAAUGGCAUGAAAUG